CCUUGAGCUUAGAUAGAGAUCAUCAUCAGUGAAAUCCGGCCCUCUCCCCCAGCCGUCGACCCUCCUUCGUGCGAGCCCCGUCGACUCACCCCUUCUCCCGGAUUCCACCGGCCAUUUUUGCGAGCCAAUUUCAAGCCAUCUGCAAGCCAAGCUCCUCCACGAGGGAAAAAGGAAAAUGCCUUUGUAUGAUUGUAUGCUUCUGCUGAAACCCCAUGUGAAGAAAGAGGCUCUCAUUGACUUGGUCGCUAGAGUGGGCAAACAUGUUUACAGAAGAAACGGGGUUCUCACCGAGGUGAAAGCAUUUGGAACUGUUCACUUGGGUUACGGAAUUAAGAAGCUUGAUGGAAGAUAUUUCAAGGGCCAACUGAUGCAGAUGACUAUGAUGGCCACUCCCAACAUCAACAAAGAGCUGCUUUACCUGAACAAGGAAGACCGAUUGCUGCGCUGGCUUCUGAUUAAACACCGAGACACAAAGUAUGGAAUGGAUUUUCUUAACGAAGAGCACGACAGAAAUUCACAGGAAAAGUAUUCUGAGCGCAGUUUAUUUGAACAGUGGGAGAGUGACGAGGAGGAUGAUGAGGAGGAUGACGAUGAAUAUAAUGUGGACGAAGAAGGAAAAGAGGCUUAAAGGUUAACAAAAUGUUUUCGUAGUUCCUACCUAUAAUUUCAAUUAAAUGGCGUUUUGUUCAAACCCAGAUGCAAAUUUUGUCAGGGUAGUGGAUAGCAAUGUGUUGUACACUUUCUUUUUGGCAUGAAGUUUAUAGACAAUGGUUGUUCAAUUGGCUUAACA